UCUCUCUUCUCCAACCUUCCAAUCUUCGUUAAUGGCUGCAAUUCUUCUUUAAAAAGGGCUCCCAUUAAUCCCAGAUGAACUUGUAUUCAUGGUGUUCUUCUGAUUCAUAGGGGGCCUAGAACAAAGAUGGGAGUUUCGCUGAUAACGCCUUCUCUUUCUCAUUGACAUUGUCUUUUGCAUAUGGAAUAUGACGUACAUGAUGAGCUCUUAUCCUUCAUGAGUUCUGGCAUAUAUCGAUUCAGUGGGUCAAAUGUAGUCUUUGUUGAUCCUGUUCGUGUGCUUAGUAAUUCAUACAGCCGGUUUAGGAUUAAUUCUGCUGGCUACUACUCUCGCUUCUUUGGAGUCCCCAGCAAAGGAAAUGAUGGCAAUUCUGUAGAUUCAUCUAGUUCUAUGAAGAAUAAGAAGCGAAAGAGAAAUUCUCAGAGUCUCAAUGAGAGGGAGAAGUCUGCAGAGAAUCGUCAUCAAAAUGCCAGGCCAUUCUUAGUGAGUGCAUACGAGUCUUUUCAAAGAGCCACAGAUCUUUUACAUUUCCUCCCAAGCUUAUUGAAGGAGGAUGAUUCCAUGCCUGAUAAGUGUGACACAGAACUGAAUUUCAUUGAGCUUGGUAGCCUUUGGCAAGCUCCUCUUUAUGAGAUAUCCCUUAGUCUCCCCAUGGAGAACAUACCAGCUGAAGGAGGUUCUCAACCUAGCUGCUGUGAAGGGAGAGCAGUCCCAGUGUUUAAUAACUUGAUCAGGAAUCAAUCUAGUUAUGACUUGGAGGCUGACUUUUUGAACAGACAGUAUAUACUCCCUGGAAAGUGCCGCUUCUUCAUGUCUGACUUGAGAAGAGUUCAUGACCUCAUUCCUGCUCAACCUGAUUAUGGCUAUAACCUUAUCAUCAUUGAUCCGCCAUGGGAGAAUGGGAGCGUGUAUCAGAAAGCAGUUUAUCCUACGUUGCCUAAUAGAUACUUAUUAUACCUUCCGAUCAAGCAACUGGCACAUAUAGAUGGAGCCCUUGUGGUUUUAUGGAUCACUAACAGGGAGAAGUUGCGUGCAUUUGUGGAGGAUGAGCUCUUUCCUGCUUGGGGGGUGGCUGAUAUUUCAGAGUUUUUCUGGCUAAAGGUAAAACCUGAUGGCUCCUUGAUUGGUGAACUGGAUUUGUUUCAUCAUAGACCUUAUGAAUGCCUUCUUCUCGGUUACAUCAAUGCAAAGAAUGUUAAUUCUGAAAAAAUUCCAAAAAAUAAAGUUAUUGUCAGUAUUCCUGGUUCUCACUCAAGGAAGCCUCCAUUGGGAAGGUUACUAUCUGAAUAUGUUCCAGGCCCAAAGCCUGCAAGAUGUAUUGAUCUAUUUGCUAGAGAAUUGGUGGCUGGCUGGACUUCUUGGGGUAAUGAACCUCUCCACUUUCAAGAUUCAAAGUACUUUUUGCAAAGAGGCAGUACAAUCAGUGAUACUGAUGCAUAAUUCGAUCUUAUCACCAUGUACGUGCCCUUGCUACUCCCUUUAUUUUAUAUGAGCAUCUUAUGUGGAAAAUUUACAGGAGAACCAUUUGUUGACUCUUCUUAUGCUUCUGAUGUACCAUAGAAAUUAUAUUGUCCA